GCAGAUGUGCUUACCAGUCAUCCACCAUGCUGCCUAAAAAAACACAUAUAAAGUUAAGUAGUGGUUACUGCCAUAAGCAUGACAAACCCCUGGGCAUCCAGGCCCCAGAUGUGAGUUUUGUCCUAUCAAUAUCAAUCUAUCUUCUUCGUAUGGCCAUACUACCCUGAGGACACCUGUUCUUGGAAACUAAGCAACGUUGGGCCAGGUCAGUACUUGGAUGGGAGACUGCUUGGGAAUUCCAAGUGCCAUAAGCAUUAUGCACCUUUAGACCAACAGAGGGUGUUGUUCUCGCUUCUAUUCAGGAAUUAAACUAUGCCCACUUUUAGCCUCUGAGAUCGACAGAAUCAGAAUCAUCUUUAUUUGCCAAGUUUGUCAAAGACACACAAGGAAUUUGGCUCCGGUAAUUGGAGCCGCUCUAGUAUGUCAACAGAUAGCCAUUUGACAGAAAAUACUUUUGAGACGUAAAAAUAUAAAAAGACAGUAUGGAGAGUCACUGAGCAAUGAAAGGUUACCGGUAAUGUGGUAAAGCCGAUAAAAUUUAAAUGUUUUAAUUUUUUGGGAUAAUUGUGCAAAUGAUGCAGUCCUCUAACAAUUUAGAGCAGUUUGAUAUGACUAAGCGAUAAUCUGGUACAGUGACCAUUGUGCAAAUGGCGCAGAGACUUCAAGAUUUUUAAGCAGUAUAAAGUGACUAGUACUGCGAUAAUCUGGAACAGUGUCAGUUGUGCAAAUGGUGCAGAUACUUCUCAAAGCACAUGAGUGGCCAGUAUUGGUCAACAACAGAUAUGCAAAAUGUGUAGUGACGAGCCUACUAGAGUGAGUGCACGAAUAAUGUAUAAAUUGGCCCGACAGAGAUGUGAACACAGUCUCAAGAUAAAAUUGGCAGCAUGUUACAAUGGAAUUGGCAAUUAACUGUGAAUAAGUUAAUGGAAAGAGGGAAGAAGCUGUUGGAAUAUCUGCUAGUUUUAGCAUUUUUCGAUAGUGCCUACCUGAGGGAAGGAGCUGGAAGAGGUGGUAACCAGGAUGUGGAAGGUCCAAGAGAAUUUAGCAUGCGCUUGUCUUAGCGUGCAAGUCCUGCAGCAUGCAAGUCCUCAAAGGCGGGUAUGGGUGUACCGACAUUUUUUUCAGCAGUUUUGAUUGUUUGUUGGAGUUUGUCCUUUUAUGUGGCAGCACCAAACCACAAUGUGAUGGAUGAACACAGGACUGAUUCGAUUACUGCUGUGUAGAACUGCUUCAACAGGUCCUCUGGCAGGCCGUGCUUCCCAAGAAUCCGCAGAAAUCCUCUGGGGGGCCCUUUUGAGGAUGGAGUUGAUGUUGGCCUCCCAAUUCAGGUCCUGAGAGAAUGUAAUUCCCAGGAACUUGAAGGUCCCAACGGUUGACACAGGGCAGUUGGACAGCGUGAGGGGCAGCUGUGGUGAAGGAGGCCUCGUGAAGUCCACAAUCAUCUCUACAGUCUUAAGCAUGUUCAGCUCCAGGUUGUGUCGGCCGGAACACAGCUCCAGCCGCUCCACUUGCUGUCGAUAUGCAGACUCGUCACCCUCUUUGAUGAGGUCGAUGACUGUGGCAUCGUCUGCAAACUUCAGGAGUUUGACAGCGGGGUGCAUUGAGGUGCAGUCAUUCGUGUAGAGAGAGAAGAGCAGCGGAAGGAGGACACAUCCUUGGGGCGCCCCGGUGCUUAUGGUGCGUGUGGUAGAGGUUGUGUCACCCAGCCUCACCUGCUGUGUCCUGCCCGUCAGAAAGCUGUCAAUCCACUAGCAGAUGGCAGUCAGGACAGUCUGGUGUUCGCCGUGUUGACAGCCAGCCGUGUCCACCAAAAUCCGCAGUUACACGAAACCACCGACCGUACAAAACUUCACAAAAGCUAAUGCCUGCGUUACCUCAUCUUUCAAAACUGUUUUUCAAAGGUGAGAAAGGUAAUCAAUACAAACAAGAGCUGACAAAACUUGUGUAUAUACGUGGAAAUGAAUCACUGACAUCAUGCAGCUGCCCUCUGCAACGAGGCAUUACAGUGAUGGAGUUUAACAAAACAAGCCUACACAAAUUCACUAUUUUCACUCUUUAUUGUCUAAAAAAAAAAUCAUUCAGACUUUGAAUGUAGGAACAAUUAGGCCACAGGCUUGGGAGGCAAACAAGAACACAUACUAGUAUGAGGAAAUGCUCAAACAGCAGAAACACAAAUUCCUACAUAUUGUUGUGAAAAUGUUGGUGACUCUUUUGACCUAGAAUAACCCAUAAAUGUCAUUUGACUAAACUGUUUUCAAGUGUUUGUAGUCUACAUAGGUUUCAUGUACACAGGCUUUUUUCCUUAUCAGCUGACCACUGUAGCCCUCCUCAUUCCUGUAAACCAGAAUACGAGAGAAAGAUGAGCAUUUCACCAAUCACCAACUCAUUAGUUUCAAAAGAGAGAUGAAGAAACAUGUUGGGGUUUAGUGACCAUUACAUGAGGGAACAAUUACAGACCUGCAACAUAAAGAGCAGAUUCACUCAGACAGACAACAAGAUGAAAUUAUAGUGCCUUUCUACCGUAUAUAUCUAUUGCGCCAUGUAAUUUACAGUAUGUUGAGGAGACUCAGCUUUUAUCAUCAGAAGAAGCGUGCAGUAUACUUCCAGUCAUACCAGUCGAAUGAAAGAUGUUUGUUUGUGUGCCCCCCACAUCCUAGUCCUGGUUGCUAAGUACAGUAACUUGACAUGCGUGUUAAUGUUACCAAGCAUUACAGUUAAUUAAAGAGUAUAUACUGCCAUAAUACUUCAUAAUUCCAUCAUUAGUAUAUUAUCUAUAUACCUUAGGAUACAUGUGCUUUUUACAUCUGGCCUAUCACUCUAUGUCAGAAAGCGGCAGGGUUCAGUUAAUCAUUUCUUUUAAAAGAUGGGCUUAUUAUUAUUUUUAUUUUUUUGGUAUACUUUGACCUCUGAAAAGGUUCAACAAAUUCAGACUGUUUAAAUCAUCAGUCGUCAGGGACGUAGCUGCUGGUUGUGAAGGCACUGGAUUUACAAUAAGUGUCUCAUUACGAUUAUCUGAGAGCAGUUGGGUUUCCCAUUCGGCAAGCUACAGGGACAAUGAUACGGUGAGAGAGACGUGGAGCAAAGACAAGACAAAGAAUAAAGGGUCUCUAUUUAUACUUUCAAGUCUAAACAGAUGUGUAAGAUCAGCUUCACUCUGAAACAUACGUCAAGGCAUGAACUCACCGGAAGCAAGACAUCUACAAUAUGUCAGAAAGGCCCCUCCUCCAUCCAUCCAUCAAUCCACCUUCCAAGUCAACUUCGAGCCUCCCGCCCACCGUUGUCCCUCCUGUACUGAUGCACCCUGUCUGCUGGGGCCCGGCAAGCAGAGAUGUUGUAGAACACUCUCGGCCGGAUACCGAACGCUCAAGCGGGGAGCCUCACAAGACUCGGACUUCAUACUCAACGACAGUUAACAGGACAAGUAUGGAUAACAAGGCGUUGGAACCUGACUCUGUGAGUAUUUCCAUGGAGACCAGUAUCAUUUGUAAUGGAGGUACUCAGAAACAGGAGACUUCCAUGUUGAAGUCGAAGAAGGUUGAGAACCAGAUGACCGAAGCACAGCGCUUCACCCACCUACCCAAACGCUCUCCGGUGGAUCUCGAGUUUAUUGACGUCUCUUACACCAUUCAGGACGGAUCGUGCUGUAGGAGGAGAGGAGUCAAAGCCUUAUUGAAAGGCCUGUCUGGGAAAUUCUGCAGUCGAGAGCUUGUAGGAAUCAUGGGUCCCUCUGGUGCUGGAAAGUCUACCUUAAUGAACAUUUUAGCAGGAUACAGGGAAACAGGAAUGAAGGGUGAGAUUCUUGUAAAUGGGAGACCCAGGUACCUGAGGUCAUUUCGGAAAAUGUCAUGCUAUAUAAUGCAGCAAGACAUGCUACUGCCACAUCUCACUGCACGAGAAGCCAUGAUGGUGUCGGCCAACUUGAAGCUCAGCGAGUCUAUGGACGUGAAGAAAAAACUGGUGAAUGAGAUUCUGAUUGCCUUGGGGCUUCUUGAAUGUGCUCAUACUCGUACCAACGCGCUAUCAGGCGGUCAGUGCAAAAGGCUCGCCAUUGCCCUUGAGCUGGUCAACAAUCCACCAGUCAUGUUUUUUGAUGAGCCUACCAGUGGCUUAGACAGCGCAUCAUGUUAUCAGGUCGUGUCCCUAAUGCGUUCUUUAGCACUGGGAGGAAGGACUAUCAUCUGCACUAUCCACCAACCAAGUGCAAAACUUUUUGAGAUGUUUGACAAGCUCUACAUUCUUGGUCAGGGUCAGUGUAUCUACAAAGGCACAGUCCCCUACCUCAUCCCCUAUUUGAAGGGACUGGGGCUUUACUGCCCUACCUAUCACAACCCUGCAGACUUCAUCAUUGAAGUGGCAUCAGGAGAGUAUGGAGAUUUGAACCCCGUUUUGUUUGAAGCAGUCCAAGGAGGAAUGUGUGCCAUAGAAGAGAAGAAGAACCAGUGCGAUAACAAUGGCUCAUUGGUCUGUACCUCAAAACACUCCAAGGAUACUGGACACAUAGAGAGACAUACUUUUGCCACGAGCACACUGACACAGUUCUGCAUCCUCUUCAAGAGAACCUUCAUAACUAUUUGUCGAGACCAGGUUUUGACCCACCUCAGACUGAUGUCCCACAUUGCCAUAGGUGUGUUGAUAGGCUUGCUGUAUCUGAACAUUGGUAAUGAUGCCAGCAAGGUGUUUAACAACACUGGGUUUCUCUUCUUCUCAAUGCUUUUCCUCAUGUUUGGAGCGCUCAUGCCAACGGUCUUAACCUUUCCUCUGGAGAUGUCAGUGUUUCUGAGAGAGCAUCUGAACUACUGGUACAGCCUGAAAGCCUAUUACCUGGCCAAGACCAUGGCUGAUAUUCCAUUCCAAGUGAUCUGCCCCAUCAUGUACUGCAGCAUCGUGUACUGGAUGACAGAGCAACCUCCUGAGGUCAGCCGCUACCUCCUCUUCAUCGCUCUGUCCAUUUGCACUUCUCUGGUAGCCCAAUCCCUCGGCCUGCUCGUUGGCGCCGCCUCCACCUCACUGCAGGUGGCCACGUUCGUUGGACCAGUCACAGCCAUCCCAGUGUUGCUUUUCUCUGGAUUUUUUGUGAACUUCGACACAAUUCCGAAGUACCUGCAGUGGAGCUCCUAUGUGUCAUAUGUCAGGUAUGGCUUUGAAGGAGUGAUUCUGUCGAUCUACGGGAUGAAUCGUUCGGAGCUGGAGUGUCCAGGCAAGACGUGUCGCUUCCAGCAGCCCGAAGAAGUUCUCGAGCUGUUGGACGUAGAAGACGCCAAGCUCUACGUUGAUUUCAUCGUCCUGGGUGUUUUCUUUAUCGUUCUGCGGUUAGCCACCUACCUUGUCCUCCGGUACAAGAUAAAAGCUGAGCGGUAGCUUGUCUUCCAGAAGGUUUGUACUGUUGCCAUUCUAGACCAGGCCAUCAUUCUCAUUACAUACAUUACAUACAUUUUUUUUUUUUACUAUAUGCAUUGCUGCUAAAAUACUUCCUGAAGGUGUCAACUGUAUUUCAUUGUUAAUUUGGAUUACCUCAACGCAAUAGACUUCUUCUUUUUUUUUUUUUUUGGAAACACAUCAGCAGUUCAAUCAGGGCCCCUCAACAGUGCAUAAACAUAUUUUUUGAACAUUAAGAUGGGUGUGCACAUGGAUUGUUUCCACUCAGUGUAAGGGGUUACAGGUCAAGCCUCCCUUGGAAAAAUAUAAGUGUACACGACGUUGUUUAAGUUUGUUUUCAUUUGACUAAAUGACUUUAGAAAUCACCUAAUUCUUUAUGCUGGAUGGAUUGUUUUUUAUUACUAUUGUGUUCUCAAAUUUUAUAUUCUAUAUACAGUAUGUGAACUAAAAUCUGUCGAAUCUGAAUCAAAAUACGGCGUUAUUUUCAUACAAUUGUCUCUGUUGUGUUUAUGCACUAACAAAUGAGUAUUUAAGACACAAAUUAAUGAGUUUACUUUUGUUUUAUUUGUGCCUGCACAACCUCCAGUGAUGAUCCCAGGAAACAACAUGCAAUCAUGUUUGGUGCUAACGAUCAUGAUCAAUAUAGCAAACUUAAUGCAUCUGGACCGCAUGGAAAAAGUAGCACUUGGAACAACAAGAAAAACUCAAAGCAGCUUUGUAUUGUAUUUGACAUGAAGAGUUAUUGUAUUUCUACUUAAAUUAGUCUUUUGUUUGUGUUGUAUGUUUGUUUGUUUUUUUGUUUUUUGUUUUUUAGCUUGACUGCACAAUUACGUCAAAAGAUUGAAAAUACAAUAAACAAUGAUCUGACUGCAA